CAAAUGUAGUGUACAAUGUAAAAUACAAUAAAAAAGAACAGUCAGUGAUGUUGAUUACAUAAAUACAUGCAAAGACUCAUAAAUAUCUUUGUUUUAAGAAAAUUACUAUUGGUGGAGUCUGAUGUGGAGUUUAUGUAUACAUUCACUUAGUUAAGGAAUUGAGGAAAAUGUGAUUUAAUUAAUGAAUAGAGAAUUUUGCAAGGAAAACUAAUAAAUUAAUCACAAAAAAUAAUAUUGUGAUUUUUAAAUAAAAAAACUAAACGAAAAAAAAAACACUUUUCCAUCUCAGGGAGAAAUCUUUAAAAAAGUAAAAUAAUUUUAGUCCUCCAAUGAUUCACUGCAUUGCUUUAUUUUGAAAAUCCCCUACCGGAUAUGCAAUUGUGACUGAAGAUUAACUUGAUGAAGAACGGUUCUCCUAAGAAGCGAAACUUGCUGAAACAUUUAAUCGGUGUAGUUUUAUAUUCGCGACCCACUUCUGACUCGGAACCCUGCGGUGUGAACCCAGUAUGUCCGGGCACGGACACGGACACGGGCACGGCUGCACGUGCGAGCAUGAGCACGACCCCGCGGAGAGGGGCCUGGAGUACGGACUGUAUCAGCGGAUCGACCUGGAGAAGCUGCAGUGCCUGAACGAGAGCAGGGACGGAGACGGGAAGCUGGUGUUCAAACCGUGGGACCAGCGCCGCGAACGGGACAAGUUUGUGGAUAGCGAUGCAGAUGAAGAGCUGCUGUUCAACAUCCCCUUUACAGGUAGUGUGAAGCUAAAAAGCAUCAUCAUAUCUGGAGAAGAUGAUGAUACCCAUCCAGCAGAGAUACGACUUUUCAAGAACAUCCCCCAGAUGUCUUUUGACGACACAGGCAGAGAACCAGAGCAGUCAUUCAGACUCAACAAAGACCCCACUGCAGAGCUGGAGUAUCCUACAAAGAUUGCACGUUUUACCAACGUAGAGCACCUCUCCAUCCACAUCUCCAAAAACUACGGUGCAGAAAACACCCGGGUGUACUACAUCGGGCUCAGAGGGGAGUUCACAGAGGCUCACAGACAUGAAGUGACCAUCUGCAACUACGAGCUGGCAGCAAACCCUGCCGACCACAAAGUGGAUAGCAUCGUCCCACAAACCAGCUUCAUCUCCUGAUGGAGGAGGAUGGAGGAGGAGAGCUUUUGAACGCGUCUGUCAGGAAGCGGAAGUAAAGUACAGUACAGCACAGCAUGCAGACGGUAGCGCUAACCUCUGCUGAGAACGAGCUGCGACUUCUGAAGCAGGAGAGAGCUUCUCCAUCGGGCGCUUACUCUGUUGCCAUGGCGACGCAGCUGGAUGGCUUACUAUGGGGAUUUUUUUUACCCAUAGGUGCAUGAAAUGUUUGAUUCUCAGAUGAAGCUUGUUGCUCAAUAAAACACUGAAGACUGGAAGGAUUUAA